AUGUUGAGAAAGAUCACGGUCGCAGCAGCACAGGUUGGUGCGAUCGAUCUGGGAGCAGACAAGAAAGACACAGUGGAAAGAUUGAUCAAGCUGUUGCGUGAGGCAGCAGAGAAGAAAGUCCAGCUGGUGGUGUAUCCGGAAGCAACGCUCACCACAUUCUUUCCACGCCACUUUAUCGAAUCACAAGAGGAGCUCGACAAGUACUUCGAACAUGGCGAGGACAUCACUCAGUCACCAGACGUGAAGCCGCUGUUUGACGAAGCCAAGUCGUGUGGCAUCGACAUUGUCAUAGGGUAUGCAGAGCGCACACCAGAUGGCACAGGCUACAACACUUCCGUCUACUUCUCGGCGGCAGCUGGCAAAGUCAUUAGCAAAUACAGAAAGGUCCACCUUCCUGGUCGAGUCGAGCCUUUCGAAGAUCCAAACGCGACGAAUCAGCUCGAGAAGCGAUACUUCAAGCCUGGUGAUCUUGGCUUCGAGGCUUUCCGUGCUCCCGGUCUCGUCAAUGAUGCCGUGAAGAAGGCCGACAUCAAGGAAGGCGAGAGCACCGAUGGCAAAGGCGAUCCAAUCAUGGGAAUGCUCAUCUGCAACGAUCGAAGAUGGCCAGAAGCGUGGCGAGUCUAUACCCUGCAAGGUGCAGAGCUUCUCAUGGUUGGAUACAACACAGGCGGCUACAUGAGCCACUUGUGGGGAGGCAAGUCAAUUCCGCCUGAGCAAGCAGAGAAAGAAGCACUGUUCCAUUCGAGACUAGUGCAGCAGGCGAACAGCUACAUGAAUGCUUGCUUCUCGAUAUCUUCCGCAAGGUGCGGCAUGGAUGAUGGCAAGUACCAUCUGAUUGCCGGAAGCUCGAUCGUUGAUCCGGAGGGACAUGUCGUUGCGGAGUCGAAGACCAGUGGAGAUGAACUUGUUGUGGCGGAGGUCAAUCUGGCGUUGUGUCGACAAGGGAAGGAGAGGACAUUCGACUAUGGGAGGCAUAGGCGGAUCGAGACGUAUAGUCUGAUCACGCAGCAGACGGGAUUGGUCGAGCCUGAGCUGCUGUGA